CUUUUACGAGCUGUUCCGAGAGCGGGUUUGGUUCUGCUCCGCGCUCCGCAGCCUUUUCGAACAUAAUUUUGAUUAUUGUUUCGUACACAGUCUAGGAGCCGAAAGGAUCGGCCAGAGAGCCCAAGCUGGGGUGGGGGUAUUCGGUUGUAGUUGUUCGAUGCAAGAGCUCGUUAUUUUUUUGUUGGGCAGACACGAAAUUUCGUCCAUGGACUCUGUGGACGUAACUACAAAUGGAUUCCGCAUGCAGCGGAUGGAGGAGGCCCGAAGCUGAAAUCCAAAAUAUGACUAGGAAAUGCUAGUUACUUGCAAUGGUUCUUAUCAAGGCAAGAUGCCACUUCAAAAGGCAUCAGCGGUCGCGCCUUUUGCAGAUUUACUCAGUCUAGUUUUCGUCUGGCAAUUUCGCCCCGCUUUGCAUUUCUCACAGUCUGCAGAUCAAUAGUAGUAUUUGGAAUCUGGGGGAGUAUAGGGAGUAUAGCGCGGGGUGUGGUUUCCCUCUCCCUAUCCAGGAAUAUCAACCAUUGCUUUUCUUUCGGAGCAUUGAGAAAGGGCGCAAGCCUCCACUACUGGGGAAUCCUCUUUACCCCCAGCUGCGCACAUCAGAUUUAGCGAUGUUCAGGCAACAAGAUCGCUCUCAAAGUUCAUCCCAACCUGUUGCACCCGUGAGAUGCUUUUGCGCGCAGACUUUCUCCAGGAUUUGAUACCCCAACGAACCAACCACCAAGAAAUCCUGGGAGCCAUACACGGGUAACUCCGUUCCAAGGUUGCUUUUGCACUGAUCCUUCUGGAACUAUCAUUUCUGCAAUCCCUCCAUGUUGAGUAGCCGGUUGCUCGACGCAGUUUACGCAGCGUACAGAGUGCGUGUUACCUUUCGCAAGGUUAAAUCAUUGGCCCAUCAUACCCUGCAGUGCAGUGCCAAGCAGGCUUUUGAGAGCGUGGCUGGUUUUAGCUCAAGUGGAGAGGUUUUGAAGAAUACGCCCAAGUCAAACGACCCUAUAUCCCCAGCCGCAGAAUCCGAAAUCGGAGCAUCGGCAUUGCCGUCGGUAGAGGACAUACAUGCUUGGCUUCUACUCCGGCAACAUAUACACAUCCUGCCUCAGAUCAUCAAAGAUGUUUCUGCUGCCACCCGAGUCAAGUAUCAUAUUUUUGUAUUGGUCAUCUCGGGUGUUCGUGUGGCCGCAGAGUGCCGCCCCUUUUACUUUGGGCAGUGACUGUACCAAACCCUCUCAACUCAGGCCUCCGGGCGGGGCUCGCACGCCACCAAGAUGGUCCCCGGCAGGGCGCUCUCGAAAAGACACAGAUCUGCACGCUGCCCAGCUUCCUUCCGUGGGCCAAAGUGUAUUUUCAACAUCAAUGAGCACUGAGCAGGUAGUAUCUCUACAGCGGACAUGCCCUUCCUAGGAGUGGUGUCCGCCUAGGAGGAUAGGUCGCGGCCUCUCCGCAGCACAGAUCCGCAGAUAUGCCAAAACGACCGCCGUUUGCAAAUAUGUUUCGUUGUUGUGUCUUGAGACGAGUUGCUUUGUUUGGAAUUUGCCAGCUCUUCCUUUGUUGAAAGUUCUCUACGGUAUUGCCGGGGCCACUAAUGACUCGAAUGAAUUUAUUCGAAGCCCAAGAAAGUUUAAAAAGACUAGUGGAACCGCAUGAAACUUUUGUGACUUCCAGUCAAAUUACAAAGUAAUUUGGUUUGUUCACCGUUUAUCUCCUGGUCUUCACCUCUCUACUUCUAACUUCU